AUGGCAGCCGAAUAUGAUUUGCUCAUCAUCAAUGGAGUAGUGGUUUCGGAAACAGAUGUCCAAGAGUUGGAUAUCGCCAUCAAGGAUGAGAAGAUUGCAAAGGUAGUCCCAAGAGGGAGUUUGGGAGAUGCCAAAGCAGCAAAGACGAUAGACGCCGAGGGAGGAUACGUGAUGCCAGGAGGUGUAGAUGCACAUGUCCAUCUGCAAGAACCCCCAUUAUUCGGCCAGGGAUCAACAGCAGACAACUACGAGACAGGCAGUCGAUCAGCCGUAUGCGGAGGCACCACAACCAUGAUUACAUUUGCGCCUCAAAAAAAGACGGAAGAUACCCUUCUCGACACCCUAGCCGCAACUCACGAACGAGCAAAAGACAACUGCUACAUCGACUACUCCUUCCACAUCAUCGUCGGCAACCCAUCUGAAAAAGCCCUCUCCGAAUUCCCAACCCUCCGCACCGAAGGCAUCUCGUCCCUAAAAAUCUACAUGACAUACGAAGCCCUCCAACUCCACGACGGCCAAAUCCUCGACAUCCUCCUCCACGCCCGCAAGCACUCCAUCACCACCAUGAUCCACGCCGAAAACGGCCAAGUAAUCGACUGGAUGACGGCGCAGCUCGAAAAGCGGCACCUUUUCGCCCCAAAAUACCACGGCUCCUCACACCCGCCCAUGGCCGAGACAGAAGCCACGUACCGCGCAAUCUCCCUCUCCGAAUUCAUGGACACGCCCAUCCUAAUCGUCCACGUCUCCACGCCCACCGCAACCACGCACAUCAAAUCCGCACAGGACCGCGGCCUACCCAUCUACGCAGAAACCUGUCCGCAAUACCUCUUCCUAACCGCCGCAUCCCUGGCCGCCCCGGGCUUCCAAGGCGCAAAAUGCGUAUGCUCCCCGCCGCCCCGCGCCACCGAGGCAGACUGCAACGCCAUCUGGGCCGGCCUGGCCAACGGAACCUUUACCAUCCUCUCCUCAGACCACUGUCCCUUUCGCUACGACGACGCCGUGUCCGGCAAGAAAACAAGCAUUUCGCCGCAUUUCCCCCUCGGCAAGUUCAAGUACAUUCCCAAUGGCUGCCCCGGCAUCGAAACUAGACUUGCACUCACCCUCGGCGCGAACCGCUUGCCUCUCACCAAGUUCGUGCAACUCACGGCCGCGAAUCCCGCAAAGCUUUAUGGACUUUACCCCACAAAGGGCGCGUUGACCGAGCGUGUGUCCGAUGCCGAUGUCGUCGUGUGGUAUCCAGAGGGCAAGAUGCAGCCGUUUGAGCUGACGAAUGACUUGUUGCAUCAUGAUGUGGAUUAUACGCCAUUUGAGGGGAGGGUCAUGACGCAAUGGCCGCGGUAUACGGUGUUGAGGGGGAAGGUGGUGUGGGAUAGGGAGAAUGGGGGGCUGAAGGGCGAGAAGGGGUAUGGGCGGUUUGUCAAGAGGGAGCAGAGUAGUCUUGCUAAGCCGAGGAAUGAGGGCGAGUGGGUUUUGCCGUUGUAAGAGUGUUGUGUGGUUCACAGGGGGGGGGGAGACCGUAAAGUGUUUUUUCGUUCAGAUGUUUUAAUUAUUAUUUUUGAUUUCAAGAUUCCAGUAGAUGGAGAUAUAGAUUGAUGGAUCUCAAUGUACAAUGUCUGGUGGAUGGAACAUGUGUGA